AGGACAGAGAUCCGCAGCGGCACCAAGAGGGGGAGUAAGAACAGACUGUCUGGUUCUGUCAUGGAUCACACACCGGGAGGGACAGCUUGGAAUAUAACAAGAAAUGAGAAAAAUACCUUCUGGAUGGUUCCAUAUAUUUUGGCAGAGGAUGAUUGGCUAACGGUAGAUUAUCGAAUGAUGAGUGUGUUUAUCACCAUUCAAGUGAUUUUCUUCCCCGUCCUCGCUAUCAUUGCUCUUCCCGUGAACACGGUGACCAUAUUCAUCCUGUCUCGUGGUAAGUGCGGCCUCUCCAGAGUUGUCACUUGCUACCUGGUUGCCAUGGCAGUGGCGGAUAUUCUGGUCCUUAUCCUGGACCUGAUAUUGAGCAAGAUUCCACUUAUGUACACGCCAUACCUCGUUUUCGUCCUAUCAAUGCCCAAGGUGUGUAAUAUCCAGGCUGCUCUGAUUUACACCGUCACAGACUGUUCGGUCUGGUUCACCGUUACGUUCACCUUUGAUCGGUUUGUCGCCAUUUGUUGCCAGAAGCUGAAAACAAAAUAUUGCACCGGGAAAACUGCGGGUGUUGUUUUGGGGACAGUGACUGCGAUCAGCUGUUUGAAGAAUAUUUACUGGUAUUUGCGGCUCUCAGAGAUAUACACAUGGUCAAUCAAUCCAUUCAUUUGUAAAAAGAGAGAUUAUUAUUUGAAUUUCACUUCUGAGGUUGACUUAUUCUAUUACUUCCUCACCCCUGUAUUCCCAUUUCUGCUGGUUCUAGUAACGAAUGUUUUCACCGUCAGGCAUGUCUUGGUUACGAGCAGAACUCGCAGGAGACUCAGGGUUCCCGGAAACGGACAGAGUGUCAGAGACCCGGAGAUGGAGAAACGCAGGAAAUCCCUCGUUUUAUUGCUGAUCGUCUCCGGCAAUUUCAUCCUGCUGUGGGCACCUUUCACUGUGUUCUCUGCGUGGGAUCGGAUAUGCGAUCUUACCAAUUUCGUGCUUCCGCCCGAAUCUCUGCGAGAACUUGGCAUCAUUUUGCAGCUUCUGAGCUGUUUGACUGGAAAACCCAAAUUUCCCGGAAUACCUGACGCCGAGUUCCUCUUCUUGGAUGCUCCAAAAGACCACGAAGAGGAGUCAUGCUUACCAGAUGGGAUGCGGCAGAAGCCCUCGGUUAAACAGGUGAACGGGAUGGCAGUGAUUGUCAGGAAGACUUCUGAGAGGAACGGCAGACUCAGGAGGGGGAUGCCUUUGGCACCUCUGUUUCUGGUUACGGAAAUGUCUAACGUCUCUCACUCCCCACGUCUCCGGAUAACCGAGGAUACCCUGUUCAGCGAAAGGUCCCGGCAACCGGUUCCUACAGAGCAGGACGACAUUCGGUAUCAUCUGUGGAAGCUGAAGGAAGCCGGCAUCAUCAGUAAGUACAAAAGCGCCUCUGCGUUCGCAUUAACAGUGGCCAGGAAGAAGAACCGGAAGUUAUUAGGCCCGGUGGAAUUGUUACUGCUGACAAGAGAAGAGGCAAAGAUGGACCACUGGCACCUCAAAACCAUUUACUUCGGGAAAAUGCGGCUUGUCAGCCUUGGGCAGCAGCCCGCCUAG